AUGGAGUCAAGCUCCAGCCCCUCCCCACUCCCCGGAGAUCGGGAGGAGCACGGAGAAGCCAACUUGCUGAGCAGUGGAGCCCUGACGUGGACGAGGAAAUUCAGCCUGGAUUAUUUAGCCCUGGACUUCAACUCAGCGUCACCAGCCCCUGUGCAGCAGAAACUCCUCUUCUCAGAGGAGCAGAGAGUAGACUACGUGCAAGUGGACGAGCAGAAGACGCAAGCUCUGCAGAGCACAAAGCAGGAGUGGACGGACGAGAGGCAGUCCAAAGCGUGACGGCGCUGGGCUGCGGG